AUGGCGUCGCCGCCGCGCAUGCCGCGUGGCCGGACCAGCCCGCAGCACCACAAUGCGCAUUACGCCGCAGCUAUGCCUGGCGAAGCUGAGGAACUCGUGCAAGGCGAGGCCGCGCCCACACAGGCUGACGAGGCAACCCCAGGUUACUCGCCAGUAGAUGCGAUGGCAUUGUGCGAUGCCGGACCGCCUUGUCAGGCCCCAUCAAAGGACCAUUUGUCGUGGCUUGACGUGCCACUUUUGCACGCUGCCGCGGGCUCUUUGCCUGCAGAUGCUGCGCGGGCAUGGAGUUCGCAUCCGCUCGCGGGCGACCGGUGGGCCGCUUUGGUAAUGGCGUUGCGCCAUGCUGCGCCGGCAGACCCGCGCCCACAGUUCCGGCAGACCAUGAGGGGUGGUGUGGUGGCCACUGCAGCACAAAACUUGGCGGAGGACAUGCGACGUGCCCUUGCUGGUGCACCUCCACCCGAAUGCCCGAGUCAUGUGGAAGAGGGUGCCCGCGAAGUUGACGCCCCAGACGCGAGACCUUCUCCCGCGCCGAGUCGCCGCCGGGGCCGCCGAGGCCGUGGUCGUGGGCGCGGCAGUGCAGCUCACGCUGCUGCUCGUGCAACUGAGACCGCCGAGAAUCCCAACAGCGUGCACCCGGGUGGCAUCCCCAAGGCACUCCUCACAGCCUGUCCGCCACUAGCCGCCGCCACAGGCGACGAGGCCUUGGCAGCGCUUGACGACGUGGAUCUCACAGAAGAGCUGCGGCAUCCUGUGCCCACGCUCCAGGACGCACCGCCGUUCUUGCGAGCCUCGGUUCGGUCUGCCUUGACGCACGCGCUGUCACGCCUUCGCGCGGCGCAUGCGGGAGGGCAGGGCAAUGGCGUUGCUGCUGCCCGAGCAUGGAAGCUCUUUUUGCUCGCCCCGCGCAUGCUGCUGGCCACGCCCCAUGCAGCACGGCUCGCAAGGGCGGGCAACGUUGCUCGCACGUGCGUCAGCAUUCCAGCCCGGUGA